AUGUAUAACAUUACAAGAUCUAUACAAAUAUAUUUUAUGUUUAUCAUCAUUACACAAUUAUUUCAAGUAUGUGUAAUAGAGUGUGAAUUUGAAGAGACAAAUGAUAAUUCAUCAACUUCUCCUUCUAUUGAAAUUAAAUUAUCGCCACCUGAAAAUCCUCUACCUGAAAUAUCAGAACAAAUACAAAAAGCAGAGGUUACAAGGGAAGAGAUUGAAGAUGGAUUGAUUACUAAACUCAAGGAUACAUUUAAUCAGAAGCUUGUUGAAUCACAUGAUAAAAUUAAGAAUUGUGUUGAACAAAAUUUUCAAGAUUUUGUUAAAUCCAAAAAAUUCAAAAUGAUUAUGAAUGAUCUAAAUCAUAAACGCUCAUUUAAUUCUAAUGCGAAUGAAAAUCAUCCUUCUUUCUUACAAAUUUCAAAUUAUAAUACAAAAUCAGACAUAGUACCCUCAUCAGUUCGUAUUAUGAUGGAAGAUACAGAAACAUUAGACCCUAUUGUUAACCAGAAAAUUAAACAAAUCGAAGAAUUAAGAAAUGAUUCUGAAAUACAAUUAUUUGAUCGCGCUAAAAAUGAAUUUGAUGAACUUUUAGAGAUUACUUUAACAGAACUGGAUAAGAACAUAAAAAUCCAACUAGAUGUACUUUUUACCAACGCAACACAUAAUGGAAAACAUGUAAAUGUACUUAGAGAUAUCAAUAAAACGAAUUUAGAGGAAAGUACUUCAAGUAUUUUAAGUAAGGCAAAAUCGAUCAGUAAGAAAUCAUCAAAACUAUUUAAGGAGGGAAUGAAACUGUUUAGUCCAUCGUUUUUACAAAUUUCAUCAAGUAAUAUACAGCAGAAGUUGUUGAAUGUCAAAAUUGGGCAACCUGAUAAGCCUUAUCCUACUGUUGAUGAUUUGGUUAUGAAUAUGGAAAAGAGGAGAGAUGCUUCGGAGAAGGAUAUUAGGAAUAAAAUAUUGAAUAUAGAAAUGAAAUAUAUCAAGGCCCAUCACGAGAUGGCCAAAGAUGCACUACACACUGUCACCGCCAGGCUCCUAUCGCAACUGGGCAAAGUACCACAUAACUCAGAUAUAUAUUAA